AUGGUCUCCAACGAGAACAUCCUUGGUGUACGUGAUGUUGAGCCUGGCGAUGAUGAAACCACAAAGAAAUCGAAGGAUCUUAACAAGAAGUCAACGCCUUUGAAACGCAAGAGACAAGCCGAGCCGUUGACUCCCGAGGAGGAAGAGAGAAAGCGUAAGGAGAAGGAAGAAAAGGCCCUCAAAAAAGCAGAACUGAGGUACAAGAUGGUGUUCGGGAUCGACUUUGGCACGACUUACUCCGGCAUCGCCUAUGGUAGCACCUUGCGAACUUGGAACGAUGUCGAAGUCGUCACCGACUGGGGCUCGGGCCAGAAUGAUGUCUUGGAAAAGGCUCCCACACGGAUUGCAUACCAGCUGGAGAACCCAUCUCUUUCUUCCGAUGUGUGGGGAUAUGAAGCGUCGAGUGGCUUGACGAUAUGCCAAUGGUUCAAGCUGCUACUCGACAGUGGCACUGAGAUCUCAGACCUUGAUGAUCCACUGCUCCAGCGAUGCACGGGUAGCGGACUGUUGCAUAUCCCUGACGGCAUGACAGCUCAAGAAGUCGCCACUGACUUCCUGAGAAAGCUCUACGAGCGCGCACUGGAAAGUCUCAAAGAAGAGAUUGCUGCGACGGCACUUGAAAAGACUCCAAUGCGUUUUGUCAUCACGCUUCCUGCAACCUGGUCUCACGCUGCUCGUCAAGCCACCCGAAAGGCUGCUCAGGAUGCUGGUUUCGGCAGCAGAGAAAAUGAUGAUAUUGUGCUCAUUGAUGAGCCAGAAGCAGCUGCCGUGUAUGCCAUCAAAUCUACGGCAGCCACUUUUGGCGUCAGUCCUUUUCAGGAGAAAACCUGCGUGACCAUCGUGGACCUGGGAGGUGGUACCAUUGAUUUGUGCACCUACCGUAUCAUCAAGAAAGAUCCGCUCCAAAUCGAAGAGGCCUGCGUUGGCCAAGGUGCCAAAGCCGGCGCUACUUCGAUUGAUCGAAACUUGCACGAGAUGAUGAAGAAAAAGUUUGGAAUCGCCUUUGACGAGUUACCACCAGGAAGGACCGGACCCGGUAGCGCUUUCAUGGAAGCAUUCGAAGUGGCCAAACGCAGCUUCAAAGGCAAUGCCGACAAAGGAAAGGUUUAUUACCUGGAUUUGAAAAUGCCGAAGGUGGACAGGGAUGAUCCAGUCGUGGUAGCUUCCUACGACUUCAAUGAUGAUACUGUAAAGCUCACUGGUGAGGAAAUGGAAGCGUUCUUCGAGACUGUUCUGCAGAAAACAUUCCAGCUGCUCGAAAAGCAGGUCAGAAGAACUCAGAAGGCUAAAAAUCCUGCAAUCAAAACUGUUAUUCUGUGUGGCGGACUUGGCUCAUCUCCAUAUGUCAGAGCCAGGCUCCAGGAAUACGUCGAGCAGCAUCUCCCCGGCGAAGUCGAACUGGUAAAGCCUAAACGCUCGUGGUCAGCGAUUAUACGUGGGGCCGUGAUAAGUCAUAUAGGGAAAUCGCCUGUCACCUUCCGCCGUUGCCGGGACCAUAUUGGCUUCUGCGUGCACGAAAAGUUCGAUAAAAACAGACACAAGGACUCGGACCUAUACAAUUGUCCACACUUAGGUCCCAGAGCCAAAAAUCAGAUGAGGUGGCAUGUCCGUCGGGGUGAGAAGAUAUCCGCCAAUCUCAGAAGGAAGAUCGAGUGUUACGCCGUAAUCAAAGGAACAGACGUUGCGAAGGACGAGUAUGUCUGUUACCAAGACUUGUACACCUGUGGCAGGAAGAAGGCACCGGAGCGGGCGGAUGCUAGAGGAGUGCGCAAGAUAGGAAGCAUCAAGAUCAAUCUUACCAAGUUGGUCCAGGCCGAGCGCAAACGAUGCCGAAAAGAACACCUCGUAUGUCCCUCGGAAAUGACUUUCAAUGUGGAUCUCGUGGCAACACUGGGUGCGGACAAGGGAGUCUUGCUGAUCUCGGCGAAGGACAAGAAAAGAAACUACGGUGAUAUAGUGCUGGAGUAUGAGACAAAUCCAGCUUACAAGGGAGUUUUGGUCACUGAUGAUGAUUGA